AUGUCGUCACCUUCAUUGAACAACAACAACAACAACAACAACAAUAACAACAAUAACAACAAUGAAAAUGUAAACAACAAGACAAAUAAGAAGAAGGUUUCAUCGUUUCUACCAACUCUACCACUGCUCGAUGACCUGGUUGAAAAGAUAACGCUAACAUCGAUACCAGCAUACUCUAUGGGUGCUCUAUUCAUGGGUACAUCGUUAUACUAUAGGUUUCAUCUAAAGUCAAUGAUAUCAAAAAUAUCACUCCUAUCGAGUGUCCUUUUUCUUUCAUCAGCCGUAAUGAUUGAUAAACCAACCUAUCAAUAUCAAGGUACCAUUUUAGCUGGUGGUACAUCGGCAUUGAUUGCAGCAUCUACCACUGCAAAUGCAUUCAAAAGUAAAAAAGUAUUACCACUGGCCUUGGGGACUGCUUCAUUUGCUAGCAUGGCUUAUCAUGCAUUCUUUCAACUAUAUAAUGAUUUGACGCCUGUUCAGAAAUUGAUUAACCAACGACAUGAAAUUCUACUCGAUACUAAAAAACAACAAAACCAAGAGAGAAAAGAUCAAUUAUAA